CAACGCAAAACAACCUAAUUUCCUAACCUCCAAAACUGACAUUUUGUAAAAAAACAUCAACCAAGCGAGAGAAAGCUGUUUAUUUACUCCAAAAAUACGCAACAAAAUAGCUAAAUAACCCAAAAUGUUGCCGCUAUCACUACUCCGUACAGCGCAGAACCAUCCAAUGCUGGUGGAAUUAAAAAAUGGCGAAACAUAUAACGGGCAUUUAGUAAGUUGCGAUAAUUGGAUGAAUAUCAACUUACGUGAAGUUAUUUGUACAUCUCGAGACGGCGACAAGUUCUGGAGGAUGCCUGAGUGCUAUAUCAGAGGCAGUACUAUCAAAUACUUGCGUAUCCCCGACGAAGUUAUCGAUAUGGUCAAGGAAGAGACACAGGUCAAAUCCAGAAGCCGAAGUGAGGUCUCUAAGGGCCGAGGUGGCGGUCAAAACAUGAGGACAGGGCGCGGUGGUAACCGAGGCGCCUUCGGUAACCGUGGACGACCAGCCCCCCUUGCCCGAGGUGGCGGUAACCAGGGGCGAAACCCACAACAGAAUAAGAAUAAGAAAUAGUUUCCUUUCCGUAAUUGUAAUUCUCAAAAUCAAUUUAAAAGUUAUAACGUUCGUGAGACAUACUAAUUAAGUAUUAUGUUAUCGGCUUACACCACAUACUGAAAUACUACUCAAUUUUAAGUUGUACUUAAACAUCGUACUAUCUCUGUGUAGUUUUGAGAUCGUCUUAAAAUUGAGUAGCGUUUAAGUAUUCGGGCAUUACUCACGUAACUGUUUGACGAGGAACUCGACUAGUUUCAAGCCAUGCUAGAGGCUCAUAUUCAUCGUCAGAAAGUAGGUGUAAAUCCAGGCAGAGGGCGCGAUGGGCGUGAAACUUAGGUCGCCAGUAGCAGCGACAAUCGCCGCGUCGUGUGUCGCGGAAUGUUGCUCAUGAAUAUGAACCUCUAGCAUGGCUUAAAACUAGUCGUGUUCCUCGUCAAACAGUUACGUGAGUAAGCCGAUAACAUAAUAAUUAAUGAAUUUAAAGAGUUUUGUGAAGGACAGUAUCUAACUGUAAUGUCUAACUUAAAAUUAAAUGUAAGAGUCGGUUUAAGUAUUGUAA